CUUAGCUGCGAUCAGACGUUUCUGCAAGGUUGGCUUUGCGCCGGGGUGAAUUUGCCAGCACCCAUACUUUCGAGCUUUGAAAUGAUUGUGCCUUUUAAAUUUGACAUUACAUACAUUUACAUAACUCUCGACAUCAAAUAGUCUCUUUCUUCAUCGGAAAUAAUUUCAAACAAGACUAGUCAUGCCAAGAAAAAUAGGAUUUAAUGUCGUGUACGCUACAAGUGAAGAAGAAAGACAUUCUAGUCUUGAACUAAACGUUCAUGGACCAACUGUAAGAGGAUGGCAGAGUGCACGAAGAUGUGGAUAUCCACAGGAGCUUAUCCUACGACUUCAAGGACCAGCAAAAAUCACGAGAAUUCAAGUGCUUGCUCAUCAAUAUCUCAUUCCUGAGAAAUUGGAAAUAUGGACAACACGAGAAGAGAAUGCUUCUGUGAAUACAGCAUUUAAUUAUUUAGGAUAUAUCACAUUAUCAGACAAUGAAUCUACGCUUUAUAAAAGCAGGGAAUUAAAAAGUGUUGCUCUUCCAGAAACAGAAGCUAAUUCACUUAAAUUACGGCUGCAUAAACCACACCAAAAUUCUCAUAAUGUUCAUGAACAGGUUGGCCUCAUUGCUAUCAACAUUAUUGGAGAACCAUUUGGACAUGAUCAAGCUGAUGCUCCAUACAAUCCACACUACACAUCACCCUAUGAUGACCUGGCAUUUGAAAUGUAUGUCGAUCGAGAAGUUGCAAAAAUCAUUAGACAAAUGGAAGCUAAGAAAUUACAAGCUGCUGAAGAGGAACGAUUUGAAUAUGCAUCAAAGCUUAAGGUUGCAAUGGAGAUCUUGAGAAAAGCUGGAGAACGACUUGGAAAGUACGAAUUAGAGAAGAAAUAUGCUAUAGCAUUGGAGGAUUAUGAUAAAGCAAAAGCUAAGAAAGCUCAAGCACAACAAUAUAGACAAGAAGUCUAUGAGAGUUUGGAAGUUGAAGAUUUAUUAGAAUUGAAUGGGCCCUUGGAGAAAAACAAUAUUUCAUCAGUAGAUGGCCAAGAGCCAACUGCUGCCUGUACAUCAAAUACGACAGGAGUCCCAGAAGAUAUUUUAUCACCUCCCAGAUUAGUUGUUCCACCUGGUCGUGAUGGUGCUAUUUCACCCACUGGACCUGCUCAUCAACCUCCAGUUUCUCCUCUUCAUCAAAAGCCUCAUAGUCCAGAAAUCACAGAAAGUCCUUCAAAUGGUGUGAUAGAAAGACAUAAUAGUCGAAACACAGGAUCUUUGAAGAGGAAAACAAAAUCUGCUGGACCUUCUUUAAAAUCUAGUUAUGAAGCUUAUGAAGAAAGAACUAUUCCAGCUUUACGACAUUCACACACGAAUGAGUUCACAAGAGAAUGUCAUUUAGAUAGCAGUGAUAUAAAAAUCAAUUCAAAGCUCAACGAUAGAGAAAAAAAGCAAGCUGCGCUACCAAUUACUGUUUUUGGAAUGGAAAUGGUUGAAAAAUUUUAUUCAAAGCAAUUUACGGAUAAAGAGGAAGGUUUAAUGAUGUUAAAAGAUGAAUUGAAAAAAUUCGAUCCAGAAGUAUCCAAGCAUUCAGCAAAUAAGACUGCAAGGGCCACGAUAUUAUUGUUACAUCGAGCUCUUAGAGACAAAGUCUUCAGUGUAUAUAGUUUAGCUGCUCAACUAAUUAGAAUAUUUUUUUCUGAAUUUGCUACAAAUAGAGUAUCAUCAGCUGAAAUAGCUAGAAGCGUAGAUAGAUUGCUUCCAGAGCUUUUAACUAAAUCAGGAGACACUACUCCGCGGAUUCAUAAUAUGGCAGUUCACACAAUCUUAAGCAUGGCUGAUUGUCCAUGUGUAAGAGAACUUCAUAUAAUUCCAGUCCAUUUAAGUCGUCCAGUCAGUAGCAGUACUCAUCAGAGAUUAGCUUUAAGUCGAUUAGAAAUGGUAGAGCAACUUAUUCUAAAUCAUGGCAUUUCUACUGAUAAACAAAGAUAUUGUCAUUGUUGCAGUGGAUUAACAUGCCGAACUCUCUCCGAACUAGGAUCUUCCGGUUUGCAUCAUCCAGCAGAAGCAGUUAGGAAAGUUUCUGAGAGGAUUUUAGUGUUAGUUUAUAAAGUUAAUCCACGAUUAGUUCGAAAACAGCUCCCUCCAGAUGAUGAUAUCACCAGAAGAAACUUAUUGUAUCGCCAACUUUUCCAUGAAUUUGAUUUAAUUGAUCUUCAGCGAAAAAAAGAAUUGGAAUCGAAUCAAAAGUCCACAGUAACUCCAACUCGUACAAAGUCAAUUGACAAUAAUGUCUCAAACCUCACAAAGUCCCCUUCUAGGUCAAGUCCAGUGCAUGUCAGCACAGAAAGUUCAACGAGCGUCACGUCACCCUCAGAAAAUAGUGGAGAUUACAAAGGCGAUAAACCUUGUAUAUUUUGUCUAUCGAAAGACCAAGCAUACUCUGAAGAGGGUUUGAAUAUUCAUUACUGGAGGAGUUGUCCUAUGCUGACUCGAUGUGAGUCAUGUAAACAAGUAGUGGAAAUUUCGCACUUAAAUUCACACUUGUUGAACGAGUGUGAUCAACGAAAUAGCUACGUCAAGUGUGAUACAUGCAAGCUAGCUGUUUUAGAAAAAUGUUUUCCUGAACACUCGAAGGAUGAACAGUGCAGAAAACCAAUUGAAGGAUAUAGUCGAUGUCCACUCUGUCAUAUUCUAGUCAAUCAAAAUAAAUGGAGAGAUCAUCUGAUGGGAGAGAGUCCAUGCACAAAUAACCCUCGAAAUAAAUUUAGUAAAUCAUGCACAAAAUCGCCGUCUAAGUCUCAAAUUCUAAGUGGGAAAAUAACUUCACCAACAGGAAGAGACUACUAGCAUUAAUCUUAACAAUCCACUAUUGUGGAUUGUCUCUAUUUAAUACAGAUAUUUUUGAGUCCUUUUUUGUUUGAUAGUUUAUGUAUUUGUUAUUUAAAAUGUGAUGUUUUUUCAUAUUUAUACAUAUAUUAAAAUUUUUGAUAGUAAAACCCGUCCUCUAGAGAUGAUUAUCACGUAAUUAUAAAUAAUCACUAUUUAUUAAUUACUUAAUACUUUCAUUGGUAAUUACUACCGCUGUCAAUACUAUCAUAUUAACUUGUUACCAUCCAUUAAUUAUUGAUAAUUAUCGCCGAAUGCUGAUUUUCCUGACUAUGUAUUGAUAAGAGAAUUGAUUAAAAUUUUUACUUGAAGAAUUUUUACUGUUAAUAAACUUGCUAGUCAUUAUGAAAUUGAUGCAACAAUUUUCCAUUAUACAAAUUCAUGUAUACUAAAUUAUUUUUAAAAAUAAUAU